GUCAACGUCAAUUAACUGUCAAAUUGUGAAAGCAAAUAGGUUCGAGUUGUACACGCGCAAUUUAUUUAUUUUCCUCUAAUAUUUAUUGUGAACGUCCAAAAUGGCUAAGAAGAAGCCAAUGCCGAACCUCUCGAAGGAGGAGAAGAUGGUGAUGGUAAUAUCAGAGAUAAUACAAGAGUUAUUAGUAGCACAUCGACAAGGCAAAGAUGUUAACCUCAACAAGAUGAAAACGAGGAUUUCUUCGAAGUACGGUUUAGGGACAUCACCUAGACUUGUGGAUAUCAUAGCCGCUGUGCCGGCUGACGCUAAAAAGAUCUUACUUCCAAAAUUGAAGGCUAAGCCUAUACGUACAGCUUCCGGCAUAGCUGUGGUCGCUGUCAUGUGUAAACCACACAGAUGUCCGCAUAUAAACUUUACCGGUAACAUUUGUGUGUACUGUCCCGGUGGUCCGGACUCGGACUUCGAGUACUCCACACAGAGCUACACAGGCUACGAGCCUACUUCUAUGAGGGCGAUCAGAGCGAGGUACAAUCCUUACCUUCAGACGCGCCAUAGAGUCGAACAGUUGAAGCAACUCGGGCAUAGUGUCGAUAAAGUCGAGUUUAUUGUCAUGGGCGGCACUUUUAUGAGUCUUCCUGAAGAUUAUAGAGACUAUUUUAUAAGGAAUCUCCAUGAUGCCCUAUCAGGCCACACUUCAAGUUCUGUGGCUGAGGCUGUGAAGUACUCUGAGAAGGCUAAGACCAAAUGCAUUGGUAUCACAAUAGAGACGCGACCAGACUACUGUCUGCAGAGACACAUGAGUGAUAUGCUUAAUUAUGGCUGUACCAGGCUAGAAAUAGGUGUUCAGUCAGUAUAUGAAGAUAUUGCGAGGGACACUAACAGAGGUCACACAGUGAAGGCAGUCUGUGAGAACUUUAAUCUGGCCAAGGAUGCUGGGUAUAAGAUAGUAGCUCACAUGAUGCCAGACUUACCAAAUGUGGAUUUUGAGCGAGAUGUAGAACAGUUUAUAGAAUUCUUCGAGAACCCAGCAUUCAGAGCUGAUGGGCUCAAGAUAUACCCAACAUUGGUGAUCAGAGGCACUGGGUUAUAUGAGUUGUGGAAGACAGGGAGGUACAGGAGUUACCCCCCGUCAACGUUAGUGGAUCUGAUUGCAAAGAUAUUGGCUUUAAUACCACCAUGGACUAGGGUGUACAGAGUACAGCGAGACAUCCCAAUGCCUCUAGUCUCAUCAGGAGUGGAACACGGUAACUUGAGGGAGUUGGCGCUCGCUCGCAUGGCAGACCUGGGCACAGACUGCCGGGAUGUCAGGACCAGGGAGGUUGGCAUACAGGAGAUACAUAAUAGGGUUAGGCCUUAUGAGGUAGAGCUAAUAAGACGCGACUACACAGCGAACGGUGGUUGGGAAACAUUCCUAGCUUACGAAGACCCAGACCAGGACAUAUUGGUCGGUUUACUGCGACUGAGAAAGUGUGCCUCCGACACUUAUAGGCCGGAGUUAAAGCCGGGGCCCAAUGAUAACUUCAAACAGUGCAGUAUUGUGAGGGAACUGCAUGUUUACGGGUCUGUUGUGCCGGUGAAUGCGCGUGACCCAACAAAGUUCCAACACCAAGGGUUCGGCAUGUUACUGAUGGAGGAAGCUGAAAGGAUUGCCAAGGAAGAGCAUGGGUCCGACAAGAUUGCCGUCAUAUCUGGUGUGGGCACCAGGAAUUAUUACGCAAAGAUCGGAUACCAUCUCGAAGGGCCCUAUAUGGUCAAAAUGCUUGUAUGACAAUAAAGUUGUUUCAAUGUU